AUCCAUACAGUAGUUGUGUCUUUGAGAAAAGAAAGCAUCUUAAUAUCUUUCAUGGUCCAUCCAAUUGGUGAGGAAAAGGCAAAGGAGAAAGAACAAUUAAACUAAGGUCAUACAACUGUUACUACAGUUAGAGAGAUGAUGAUCUCCCCGUCUAGUGACCUUAAGAUGGAAGAAGAGAAGAAACUGGAGAUAGUUGAAAGAGAGGAAGACUUGGAGGAUCAGCUACCUGGGGAUCAAGUUCAGUCUCAACCAUGGAGAGAACAGAUAACUCUGAGAGGAGUGUUUGUGAGCAUGAUGAUUGGAAUCAUAUAUAGCAUAAUAGUCAUGAAGCUCAAUCUCACAACUGGCAUGGUUCCUAACCUGAAUGUUUCUGCUGCACUCCUUGCCUUUGUGUUUAUCAGAACCUGGACCAAAGUUUUGCAGAAGGCUGGUAUUGUAGCCAAACCCUUCAGCCGUCAGGAAAACACCAUCAUACAGACUUGUGCAGUUGCAUGUUAUAGCAUUGCUGUUGGAGGAGGAUUUGCUUCUUAUCUGUUGGGAUUAAACAGAACGACUUAUGAGUUGUCUGGAGUAGAAAACGAGGGUAACAGCCCAAAUGCUAUCAAAGAACCUGGAUUUGGUUGGAUGACUGGCUUUCUUUUCGUGGUGUGUUUUGUAGGCCUCUUUGUCUUGAUUCCACUCAGAAAGAUCAUGAUAGUUGACCUCAACUUGACUUAUCCCAGUGGUUUGGCCACAGCUGUUCUCAUCAAUGGUUUCCAUACCCAGGGAGACAAAAUGGCCAAGAAGCAAGUACGGUGUUUCACAAAGUAUUUUUCUAUCAGUUUCUUAUGGGGUUUAUUCAAGUGGUUCUUCUCAGGGAUAGAGGACUGUGGAUUCGAACAGUUCCCCACCUUUGGAUUACAAGCUUGGAAGCAAACAUUCUAUUUCGAUUUUAGUAUGACUUUUGUCGGAGCAGGAAUGAUUUGCUCUCACCUUGUGAACGUGUCUUUGCUCCUUGGAGCUGUGAUCUCCUAUGGGCUCAUAUAUCCACUCACAGAUAGACGCAGAGGAGACUGGUUCCCGGACAAUUUAGAAGAAAGUAACAUGAAGGGUCUAUACGGUUAUAAGGUUUUUCUAUCAAUCGCUCUAAUCCUCGGUGAUGGCAUAUACAACUUCACCAAGAUUCUAAUUUGCACAGUCCUCAACGUCCAUGACAGAAUAAAGAGCAAGAACAAUAAAAAUGUGACUGCUGAUAGAAAGGAGAAACCCACUGAAGACACUAAACAAGCUGAGACAUUUCUGAGGGAGAGCAUUCCCAUGCGGAUUGGAAUAGUUGGAUACGCCGUUUUAACGAUAAUUUCCAUAAUUAUUUUGCCUCGCAUGUUUCCUCAGCUGAAAUGGUACUACGUUGUGGUUGCUUACAUAUUCGCUCCUUCUCUGGCAUUCUGUAAUGCUUUUGGAGCAGGUCUGACGGACAUAAACAUGGCAUAUAAUUAUGGGAAAGUUGCACUCUUUACCCUGGCAGCACUUACAGGAAAAGAAAAUGGUGUGGUGGCUGGACUUGUAGGUUGCGGUCUCGUUAAAUCCGUGGUCUCAGUGUCCUGUAUUCUGAUGCAAGAUUUCAAAACUGCUCAUUACACACGUACCUCACCCAGAGCCAUGUUCAUAUGCCAAGUAAUCGGCGUUGCAAUGGGCUGUGUGACAGCUCCUCUCAGUUUCUUCCUAUACUACAAGGCAUUCGAUGUGGGAAAUCCGCAAGGAGAAUUCAAAGCUCCUUAUGCUUUAAUUUACAGGAACAUGGCAAUCAUUGGUGUCCAAGGUUUCUCAGCAUUGCCCCAGCAUUGCUUGCAGCUUUGCUUUGGGUUCUUCGCUUUUGCCAUUGGAGUAAACAUGAUCAGAGACUUUUCACCAAAAAAGAUUGGUAAAUGGAUGCCAUUACCAAUGGUCAUGGCCGUACCAUUUCUGGUUGGAGCAUACUUCGCUAUCGACAUGUUCAUAGGUAGCGUGGUUGUGUUUGCAUGGCACAAGCUGGACUCCAUGAAGGCAGAGUCGAUGGUUCCAGCAGCUGCAUCUGGACUCAUUUGUGGGGAAGGACUAUGGACUUUACCUGCUGCUAUUCUAGCUCUUGCAAGAAUCCAUCCUCCCAUCUGCAUGAAAUUCGUUCCCUCUUAAAGUUUGACAGACAACAGGACAAGCUGUUAAUUAAAUGCUAUAGGAAUUAGCUAGCGUACCCUCCUUUUUUCUUGGUGAACACAAGUACACUCUGGACUGAAAUCAUCCAUAUGCAUUGCAGAAGAGUGUCAGUGUAACCGCAAACAGUUUGUAACAUCAAAAUUUUCUGACAAAAAUAAGGUAUGUUUUUUUUAGCGCA